AUGGAAGUGAAGCUCGUCCUAUUCUCGCUUCUACUUCACAUAGGAGGAUUAAUUCCAUGUGGAGGAUCAAAGAAUACAGGCGGUGAAGUCGUACUCGACUUGCUCAAGGUUGAUGCCUCCAGUUUCGAUACCUUUGCAACGAGACCGUACCAAACACACGUCAAGACUUUUGUGCCAAAGGAUGGCUGUACCAUAAAGGAAGUCAAGGAAGGGAAAAACUCUCUCUUAAAGGCGAAUGGACACCACUGUGAUAACGUUGUUGUGUUGUUUGACAAGAAUGAUGCUCUCAGUCACGUUCUUGUCCACCUAAAGGAUUGUAAGACUCCUGUUUACCACGAAAAGGUGAACGGGAAGUGGCACACUACCACGGAAGAGGAUUUUUAUGACGCAUUCCACCAGAGGGUGCUAAACGAAAAUGUCUUUGAAACCGUAGAUAUCGACACCUCAAAGAAGGAAACAUGCGACAAGUACUUUGUCACAAACUCUCCCAACUUCCCAUUCCUUGUGUAUGCACCAAAUGUAGGCUAUCACAUUAAAAAGGUUUCAAGUGGCCAAGUUGUUUGGGAGGCAAAGGAUGAAGAUGAGAGAUGUAUAUAUGUUUCCCUUUAUCCAAGAGAUGAGCCUAAACUGGUAAAUGUGGUCGUUAAAAAUUCAUUUAGUGUGUACCAAUUCUUUUUCAAGCACGAAGGAUCCCGGAGUAAAUGGACCAGUAUUGAGAAGGCAACAUAUGCAAGGGAGCUCGAAGCAUCCGGUUUCAAGGUUUCCGAAUUUAAUGAUCACGUCAAGUUGGACAUUGGCAAUGUGGACAAGGAUCUAGUUUACACCCAUUCAUACACCAACAACCUCACAGUGGAUGUUCACUAUCCACUUCCUGGAUUGGUUGUAAACGAGGUUGUUGAUGGUCAUACUGAGGUCUGGAAGUCAAAAUCUCAAGAGGAGUAUUGCACCUACGUAAAUGUGGCUGUGCACGACAAAUCCACAUUAGCAAUGUAUAUUUUUGUGGACUCUGGAGAUGAUCGCAAAGUCUUGUAUUUCCAGAAAAAGGGACAUGCAUGGAAAUCCGUUGAUAAAAAGAAAUACUUUGCGCUAUUUUCUACUGUGGAUGGAGUGGAGUUGGUACACAAUGACAAGGAAGACCACAAGAUUCUUGUUGGCAGUUUUAAAAACCAUCAAGGUCUUAGAGUUGUCACGUAUGCUUCCGAGGUAGAAAACUCCAAGGGAAACUUUGUCCUUGUCCCAGACAUUCGCUCGCACUUUAGAUCAGAUUUAUGCACCUGUUCAUUGGAGUGGAACCGCAAACAUUUUGGAUUUCCUCUAUUCCCACGUGUUGACCCGUUGGGUGAAUACAAGGUUCUAGCGGAACCUAAGAAUGUUGAUCGGUACAAGGAUGUAUUUAAAUACAAGCAUCUAGAUGGUGCAAACGCCCUUGAGUUGUCGCCAAGGUACGAGUACGAAGGGACACUAACAAAGUUUUUAAAUGAUUUGGGCUAUUCGGUUUAUAGUCUGGACCUACAGUCACAAGGCUUAUCGGACUCUGUUAAGGAUAUCCGGUGUUAUACUCGUGUUUUUAAGGACUAUGUCUAUGAUGUGAUGCAGUUUGUAAACAUUGUCAAGAGGGGCAAGUUUGGAGAUCCUAAUGAAAAGUGGGAUGAGAAGAUGGUAUACGAGAACACUCCUACAGAUAAAAAGAUAUUCCUGCUAGGAAACUCCAUGGGAGGCAACAUUGUCUUUCAAGCCGUUCAAGAAUUUCACAGAGUGAAGAAGGGAGGAAAGUUUGUUGACGGUCUAGUUGGUCUUUCUGCUGUGCUCAACAUUGAUUGCAAUCUAGAUACGCCAGCUAAAAGAGCAUCCAAGAAAGCUCUCAAAGUUGCUGCAUGGUCCACACCGGAGAAGAUGAAUCCCUACGAAGACCUUUUCAACUAUGGAGAAUCGUUUGAAUGCUUCAUGAGGUUUAGAGACCCUUUGCAUUACCCAAACAGAACCACCUUUGGCACACUCCAAUCAAUCUUUGACGCAUGCAGCGAUGUUACAGACAACAUGCGUUAUUAUCCAAAGGAUCUCGCUACUUUGUUUAUUCACGCCAGCAAGGAUGCUCUCUCCGGAGUGGAGGGUCCGAAGGAAGUAAUAAAACAUCUUAAUCACGCAACUCUUGUGGAACUUGGGGGAUCCUGCCACUAUUUGGCGGCUCCUCAAUUGAUUUUAAACAUAGUUAAACCACUGAAUGAGUGGCUUAACAAACAUAAAUGA